AUGAGAAUUGUAUGGUCAAGUGAUCCUUUUUGUCAGAAGACUAGUUUUGAGUUUAUUCCAAAUGGGUCUUUGGAUUUCUGGAUCUUUCCCAAGCUAGGACAAGACAUGCCGUGGUGGAUGCUUAUCAUGGAACUUGAGCGCAUUUUUCUCGAAACAGAUUGCUCAAAUAUGCCAUAUGCAUCCUCCAAUGAAUGCUAUAAAAUGAUCUAUCCCGUCCAUCUCAUCACGGUUCAAGAAGAAAUUUUGUGGCAGAACAUGCUUUCUGUUUCUGUAGAACUGGCAUCGGCUUGCAUCGAUCAUUUGCCUUAUUUUGUCCAGCACCAGAGCAGAAACUUUCUGGAUUUGAAAACCCCUGCAACUGUAGUACCAUAA